AAUAACAAAGAAAGAGAUUUUCUUCUUUUGCCCUUUUUCUAAAGCUCUCUUUUUCUUUUUUCUUUUGUAAACUUUGUAGGUGGGUUAUGUAUGUAUGUAUGAACUUUGCUGGUAGACCCGCCUUUCUUGACCUCUAAAAUAAAUCAAAAGGACCUAAUUUGUAUUUUCUUAUACAAAUGAUUUAAACCCAUUAAAUAAAAACUAAUCUCUUUGUUUGAUUAAUAAUGUUUCUCUGUUUCUUUCUCUAAAUCCAGUUUUAGACUGGUACUUGUGAAAAUAAGAGUCAACUAAUAGUCUCUCUAAAUUCAGUCACUUGCAUUUCUCUUUCUUUCCUACAUUUUUUUUUUUUUCCUGGUAUAGAGAGAGAAAGAGAGAAAUGGGUAUUGUUCCGGAGGAGGCAGUCAAUCAAUUUAGAGAGCUUAUGGAUCAAGCAGUUGAGGAGUCAUUGCAAAAAACAUAUCAGAAUGUGCAUCAAGGAUGUCAAACCGAAACUUUGGUGCGCUUCCUAAAAGCUAGAGAAUGGAAUGUUACCAAAGCCCAUAAAAUGUUAGUUGAUUGUUUGCAUUGGAGGAUACAAAAUGAGAUCGAUAACAUAUUAACGAAACCUAUAAUCCCCACUGAUUUAUACAGAGCAGUGCGUGAUUCCCAGCUCAUAGGAAUGUCAGGUUACUCAAGAGAGGGCCUUCCAGUUUUUGCUAUUGGUGUUGGGCUUAGCACAUUUGAUAAAGCAUCUGUCCACUACUAUGUGCAGUCCCACAUCCAAAUCAACGAAUACAGGGACCGAGUGAUAUUGCCUUCUGCUUCAAAGAAACAUGGGCGAUCCAUAACCACCUGUGUGAAGGUUUUGGAUAUGACUGGUCUGAAGCUGUCAGCACUUAGCCAAAUAAAGUUGUUGACAAUCAUAUCAACUAUUGAUGACUUGAAUUAUCCUGAAAAAACAAAAACAUAUUAUAUUGUAAAUGCCCCCUAUAUAUUUUCAGCUUGUUGGAAGGUUGUCAAGCCUUUACUGCAAGAAAGGACAAGAAAAAAGGUUCAGGUGUUAUCAGGUAAUGGGCGAGAUGAGCUGUUGAAGAUAAUGGAUUUUGCAUCUCUUCCACAUUUCUGUAGAAGAGAAGGAUCUGGAUCGUCUCGACACUUGGACUAUGCAGCUGAAAACUGCUUUUCCUUGGAUCAUCCCUUUCACCAACAACUCUAUGACUACAUAAAGCAGCAAUCUUUGGUUAAGGAACCUGCUCAACCUAUCAAACAGGGAUCUUUCCAUGUGGAUCUGCCUGAGCCAGGUGCAGAAGGAACUGAAAUAGCAAAAACCUUAGAAUCUGAGCUACAAAAGUUCGAAAAUGGGAAUGGUCUUUCCAGGUCCAUAAAUGACCUCAAAAUCAAUGAUGACUGACUCUUUUGAGCUUAAUGCCUCCUUGGCUCGAGGUGAAUGUUCAGUCUUGAUGUCCAAUCAGUUUGUUAUAGGUAACAGUAUAAAUGGAUGUAAUAGCAGUGAUGCGAAUUCCCUAAUUGACAGGGAAAAGCUAAUACUAUAUAUACUGUAAUUUUACUUCUUGGCUGGACAAUUCAUUUAAAGCAUUUCCCAGCCUGACACGCUGUAGGAAUCCAGCCAAGGACUGUAAACUUUAGCAUCCUAGUUUGCAAUUAAUAUUAGCUGCAACAGAGUUAACCAUCA